CAACCUCUCCCUAUCUCAACCUUCCCAAGACAAAGAAUUUCUUCAUAUAACCAUUACCCUCCAUUUUACCUUCUUAUAAAGCUCCCUACUGCAUCACAGAAAUCGCCAAUUCGAUGGAUCGCCACCGCAAGCCGGGGCAGAUGAAGCCCAACGACGAACGGAUCAUCAAUGAGGCCAGAUCGUCAAGCGGCGGAGAUCCCUUAUUUCCUCACAAGUUUGAUGAUUUCUCCCUCCUCGAGAGCGGCCUUCAUGGAAGGAGGCACGUCCACAAUACAGGUGAUGGAAAUCAUCACUUCAAGUAUCGGCCAAAGCCCGGAAAAUCCGUCGAUCCACAGUUGCUAGCUGUGUUGGAGUCCUUCAGAGAACUAUACGUUCGGAGGAGGGACUUGUUCAAGGAGCUGUUUCCGAAGCUUCACGACGAGUUCGCCAAGUUCUCGGAGAGGCUUGAGGAGUUUUUGUUUCGAGAGGAGAAGGAAAGACCAGGAGAUAGAUUGAAGCGGAGUCUGAGCGUCGGAUCGCCAAGAAUAACUUCUAGAGAGAUAGGAGGCGGUGAUCUGCCCUUGAAGCUCGAGAGGUUCAAAGUGAGGACGGUGGAUUUGGACGACGAUGAGCCACCACCUGGCGGCAGCGGUGGCAGUGGCGGCGGUCAAGGUGGUGGGCAAGGAGGAAAGGGUGGUACAAAGCCUUCAGGUGGAUCCAAAUCCAAGUGAUUGUAUUUAUUUAUUUUUGUUUUGAAUUGAUGAAGAAGAUUUUUUUUUAGACACGUACCGUUAAAUGGAAGCCCAGAAUAAAUGUAUAACAAUAGGUAAGAAAUUUUUUCAGACAAAAGAUGUUUUGGCAUCUCGGUUGAAUA